AUGAUCGGGCCUUCAGCUUCCCUUUUGCCCGAAGCAACCCCGGGAAGGCUGCAUGUGGUCAGCACGCGACGCCGUCCCCACCGCAAGUCAAAGACUGGCUGCGUCGACUGCCGGAGACGGCGCGUCAAGUGCGACGAACAGAAGCCAAGUUGCCGAUUGUGCAUGCGGCGUCAUGUCGAAUGCGUAUACACAGCAUUGCCCGCCUUCCAGGCUGCGCCUCCGCAAGGGCAUGUCACCGAACCUUCACCAGCUGAAACACCCGCCCACUCACGCUCACUGGGUGGCUCGACCGUCUCAGACGCCUCGUGUUCCCGUAGGACCGCGUGCACAUCCACGUUUCCCUUUAGCAUGAGCGAUCUGGCACUCCUCCACCAUUGGACAUUGUCCACCAGCCUCAGCAUCUGCCGCGAGUCCAGCUGCGUCGACAUCUGGCGACGGGUGUUCCCGGAGGUAGGCUUCGAGCACCCUUUCGUAGCGCAUGCCAUCCUGAGCCUGGCCGCUCUGCAUCUCGCUUACAGCGCUGGGGCGAGAGACGGUGCAAACGUGGCCAAGGCCGCCGAGCAUUACAACGAGGCUCUCCUAGGGUUCCGUCAGGCCGUGGCCAACAUCACUGAUACCAACAGCGAGGCGCUGUUCAUCUGGUCGUUGCUGAACGUGAUAUAUGUCUUUGCGUCUCUGACGCAACUCGGCGACGCGGACGCUGAGAACAGUGCUUCCCGCAUGUCCUGCAUGUCCCGCAAAGAGCAGGUUCUCGGCAUCGAAUGGAUCCCCAUGAUCCGCGGCAUCGAAGCCGUACUGUACCCGACGCACAAUUACCUGCGGUUUGGCCGCAUGCAAGUCAUCAUGAGUAUUGGUAAUUGGGACGAUUUGAAGCCGGGUCCGGUCGCGUCCCAGCGACCCGAUAGCUAUCUUUGUCGAGCGCGAGAGACGUGGAAGAACAGCAGUGACGUCGAGACAUACGACCGGGUCCUUUGGAUCCUCCGCAAGUGUUGGAUGUUUAUCCAGCAGUUUGACACAAUGGAUGCGGCCAGGCUGGCAACCUGGGGCUAUAACCGCUCCUGGUCUGGGCCGUUGAUGUUCGUUCACUUUGCACCUGACGCGUAUUUUACCCUGUUGCACCAGCGGCAGCCCCCAGCGCUGGUCUUGUUUGCUUAUUUCGGUGUCCUUCUGCACGGGAUCACUGAUUACUGGUUCUUGGAGGGUUUGGGCAAGGAGAUUGUGGAGGUAGUUGCUGACUUGCUUGGGUCUUACUGGAGGCCGUGGAUCUCUUGGCCGCUAGACGCUGUUGGACUUGACUAA